GUUCUAACUGCUUUUAAAAUUUUGAAAAAUUUGAACAAUUUUAACAUUUUCAACAAACGCAUGGAAAGUAUGAAAGAUUUAAAGAUUAUGCCAACAAUGUCCAAACCAAUUAUAGAGAAAGUUGAUGAAUAUUUUCAGCAAUUUGAAAAUAUGCUACCACAUAUUGAAGAAAUUGAAUUCAUCGAAGAUUAUUUAUUGGAUGUAAAUCGUCUUACGCUUGGAGAAAAUCCGUCAGAGGUCAUUAUAAGGAAUGCCCAAGAUUUCAAUCUUACAAAUACUUAUUAUGAUAUCUCAGAUUCUCAGCAGAAUACUGAAAAAUUGGCAUCCUAUCGUGACAAUAUUGAGCAACUGAAGAACCAACUCUCAACGUUGGACACUGAAUAUGAUAAGAUGUUGGAAGAGAAAAGGCUAUUAGAAGAUAAAAUGAGUGAGUUUUCAACGGACAGGGACAAAAUUUUAGCAUUCAAAUUAGGAACCUUAUCACAUUUUUGCUAUGACAAGAAAAUCAAAUUUGGUUUUUUCCUGAACAAGAAAACCAUGGACUUUAGGACAUUUCCAUACAAUCUGAAUGAAAAUCUACCUGAAGAGCUGGAAUGCAGAUGGACUGUUUUGAAGUCGUUUAUCAGCUCUACAAAUGAUCAACCCUAAUGAAAAUACCAUUAUCAUGUAUUAGAAUAUGUUAAAAUUAUCCGUACUCAAGAUUUUGAGGAAGAUCACUGAAUUAAAAUUCUAAGAAUCAACUUUACCAUUGAAGGAUAUUUCUAGAUUACAUUGAUGAGUACAACUUAGAUCAAUUUACCUAUCAAUUACUGGUUUCUCAUAUUUUGUACUGUGAAUAUUUGCGUUGCAAAAUAAGCGAUACGCCCUUUGGUGGCA